AUGAUGGAGGCAGUGGACGUGCCACCCGAGGGCUACUCCCUGAUCAAAGCCGUGUACCAGCGGCGCCUGCGCCUGACCCGGCUGCUGAUCGACGGCGGGGCCUACGUCAACGAGAGCAACAGCCGGGGCGAGACCCCGCUCAUGAUCGCCUGCAUGACCAAACACAGCGACCUGCAGAGUGCCAGCAAGGCCAAGAUGGUGAAGUACCUGCUGGACAACAAGGCUGACCCCAACAUCCAGGACAAGUCCGGCAAGACGGCCUUGAUGCACGCCUGCCUGGAGAAAGCAGGCCCUGAAGUGGUGUCCCUGCUGCUGCUGAGCGGGGCUGACCCCAGCCUGCCAGACCACUCCAACUGCUCUGCUCUGGUGUACGCCAUCAACGCUGCGGACAGGGACACCCUGGAGCUGCUGCUCAAGGCCUGCAAGGCGCGAGGGAAGGAAGUGAUCAUCAUCACCACAGACAAGUCGGCGUCAGGGAGGAAGAAAACAAAGCAGUACCUGAACGUGCCUCCUCCAGACCUCGAAGAAUGCACUUCCCCAGCUGACUGCACCUCCCCAUCGGACAUAGAAGCAAACGAGGGUCCAGAAGACCCAUUCAGCUACAAGGAGCUGUAUGGUGGACAACAGGGGGACAACUCAUCUGAAAGAGUGCCACUGAUGACCAAAUCCAGCUCAACACCAGCACGGUUCAAGCUGACACAGGUACUGCAGUGUGAUCCCUGGCUAAAGUGCUGUCCAGCAGUGUUUCAGCAGAGGAAAAUCACUUCUCAAGAACUUCAGGGUAUCAGUCCCAGAGAAGAUCUCUCCUGUAAGGUGACUGGCCUUGACUUUUGCAGGGGUGUCACCACCAGUCAUGGAAGUAGAGACAGGAAGGACACCGCUCAGGUACUGAAAACCUCUGAUCAAACCAUGUCAAGGAAAGCAUUACGUGAUGCAAUAAACUAUCAGACUCCUUUUGUUGAAGAGAAGCAUAACCCCAGUGAGAUUCCCAUGGGCAUGGAUGCCAGUUUGGGACAAAUCAGCUUACUUUCAAACCUUGGCAGUAUUAUCAAGAAAGGAAGCGGAGAAUCGAAUUACAACAUCUCCAGUUCUCAGUUAACUAACAGUUUAAUUCCUGUUGAUACAAAAGGCAGUAAGUCACCAAAAGGAAAUCAAGAGAUUCUUUCUACCUACCAGACUUUGUUACCAAGCCCGAGAAGAGGUCUGGAGAGGAUGUCUCCUGUUUCUCCGAGAGGCAGAAAUCAGGCUCCUCUAGAGGAAGAGGGUGCAGGAGCCUUAGUGCUGGAUCAGACAAGGCCAGCUUCAGGUUUUCUGCCACCCCUGAAUGUGAACCCCCGCCCCCCCGUCCCAGAGCUCACUGUCAUAAACACAGUUUCUGGAAUGAUUUCUUAUGGACAAACUCACUUAGUACCACCAGGAUCUGCGUUCCCCAAAGGGACCAAAGAUACCAAUCUGCUGCGGAGGAAGCCAUAUGAGCAGAUUACUGUCUGA